AUGCGAAUCGUCUUUUGUUUUAUUUUUUUGUCUUCCGUCAAAUCAGCAGCUGCUGCAGUAGCUGCAGCAGCAGCAGCAGCAGCAGCAGCUGCUGCUGCUGCUGCAGCAGCAGCAGUAGAAGCAGCUGCGACAGCAACACCUACAGCAGCAGCAUCUGCUGCAGCAGCAGCAACUGCGGCUCUAGCAGCAGCAGCAGCUGCAGCAGCAGCAACAGUGAAAGCAACUCCAGCGGCCGCUGCAGCAACUCCAGCAGCAGCAGCAACUGCAGCAGCAGCAGCAGCAGCAGCAGCAGCAGCAGGACGACAUCCCAGCAUAAUUAGCUUUUAUGGAAGCCACGAAGAUGAAAAAUACUAUUACGGGGUUUUUGAACUUUGCGGGGGAAGAAAUCUCUUUGGCGAAAUUUGCCGUUGGAAUUCUUUUUCGGAAUUUGAAGCUGUUGGACUUGUGAAACAAAUGCUGUCCGCCGUUAAGUACAUGCACGAGAAUGGCUUUGUACACAGAGACAUAAAAGCGGAAAACUUCAUGUUUCGAAAUGAAUUGGAAUUAUCUUCUUUGCUAAUGAUUGAUUUUGGAUUAGCGACAAAAAUUGCAAAAGGAGAAACCCUAGACGUUGUUUGCGGCAGCCCCAGAUACAUUGCCCCCGAAGUCCUCAAGAGAAGUUAUAGUGAAAAGUGCGACUUGUGGUCUUUGGGGGUUAUUGUCUAUUUGCUGCUUUUUGGAUUUCAUCCUUUUGGAGAUUGGAAAGGAGCUUCUUUCGAGGACAUUGCAGCGACGGAGUUUCUUAAGGGGCUUUUAACCAGAGACCUUAGGAGACGCCUUUCUGCAGCAGAUGCACUGAAGCACCCCUGGCUGGCAGCAGACAGCGCCGUGCUGCAGCAAACUCUGGUAGACCCCGCAGUCAGGGCCAUGGCGAAGUAA